AUGGCAUCAAAACGGCUUCGGUCGAACGUUGACGUAGUGGGCAGCAUCAACGAGUUGCUGAAUCUUCCGGUCCGCUCUCCACCGCACGGGGAGGAAUGCCUCCACACUAAAUCGUCCAGUUGUCAGCCGAACUCGUCACUGCAAGUCACAGCAACCGACGAUGUGCGCACGACUGCGUUAAAGCGCCUUCGGACCUCUGAAUCUUCCGCUGGUGUGUCGUCCCGCAGCCCCAGCUCCGCCUCGCCUUCCUCGCCACGCACGACAAGCGACAGCAUCGGCGGCGAUGAACUCGACCUGCUGCGGCGCAAGGACGAGGAAGUGGCCGACAUGGCACUGUUUCUCGCGAAGGCCGUCGGUGAGACGUCGUCGUGGCACUCCCUCGCGGAGCUUGUCAGCCUUCUCGACCGUAUUGGUGUGUCACGUGUGGCGUUGGCAUUGAAGCGAGUGGGUGGACAGACCACUUUUGUGGGCAAUCUGCAUCAGGCGACUUCGUUUACGGACAAUGAUCGCCGAAUCGCCGUUGCGCUCUUUUCCAGUCUCAUGGCCCACGUCGACGCGGAGGCGCUAUUCCAAGAGUGCGUGGUGACGUUUCUAGUCAAGUCUUUGAUUCCUGCGGACGCGCCAGAAGCGUCACCUGCUCUUGACCGCAGCACCGCAUCUCAUUGGUCGGUGCGUCGGAAUCAGAAAGGAACGGCGCAGCAACCGUCAUCCGGCAACUCGCGCGGCGUGGCAGACGGCCUCGAGGGCCACGUUGCGAGACUGUGCGGGGGUGCAGCGGAGAGCGUUGGAAGCUAUGAGGACAAAAGCUGCGCCUCACUCGCUCUCCGCUCUCUCCUGACAAUUUUGUUCGUCUACAACAGGAGUCCCCACCUUGCUGCCCCGCGACACCUCUCCGUGCCGCUCCUCUUCGCCAACGCCGGUGGGCUCCAGCACCUAGGCAAGCUUUUGAGCGACAGGGACACGCAAGAGCAUGCACUGUCGUUGCUAGAGGUCCUGACAGCAACGGAGGAGCUCACUCCGGAGAAUGACAGGCUUUUAGCGCUUGUCCCUGCCCUUGUGGCGCAGCUGCGCACAAGUGCCGUCGAGGUUCCCGUGCUCAAGGUGCUCACAAACAUCACGAACAUCCUGCCGCACGCACUCUCUGCCACCGGCACCGUGGCGGCAUUUACGCAGUUUGCGCUUCAGACACUUUCACGUUCGCGGGCGGUCAGCACUCCUGACGAGGCAGAAAUCUUUGCCCUUUGCUGCACCAUCAACGUGGUAAAGUACGAGUCAAAGGAGACGGAGUGUGCGGAGGCAGAGCUUGCCUCAGCCCUUGUUGCUUCGCAUGAUACGGUGGUGUCCCUCGCGGGCGCAAUGAUGGAGAGUUACCGGUGCAGCAGCACGGAGCAACUGGUACGCAGUGGCUAUUACGCGCUUCUUCUAGGCGCACUCUCGUUGGUGCCUGUUGCCGAAGAGCAAGGUAGCAGCACGUUGCGCGUGCCCGUGAUGACGGCUGUGGCUAGGGUGUCGGAUGGCGAUUCCGUUGGGCCUACGGUGGGCCACCAACCCAUGCGCAUUGUUGUGGCCAUCAUUCAAGAGUUCCUCUUCUUUCAGAGCUCGGCGGGGACGCUGACGAAGGAGGCGCUGCAGGAGAUGAAGGCGCUGGUGGACCGCAUUAUCAGCAGCAAUCACAUUGACGUCGCUUCGGCCGGUGACCGCAGAACCACUACUGCGGAAACCUCCACUGCGGCGCCGACGGCCGAGGACGAUGACCUCAUGCUGGGCCAACUACUUUAG